AUGACAGCGAUUGGUGUUCCUAUCAAAAUUUUGCAUGAGGCUGAAGGCCAUGUCGUUACAUUGGAAACAACGAUUGGAGAGGUGUAUCGUGGGAAAUUGAUUGAAGCCGAAGAUAAUAUGAACUGUCAGAUGAGUGAAGUUACAGUAACAUAUCGAGAUGGACGAACUCACCAUUUAGAUAAUGUCUUCAUUCGGGGAUCGAAAAUCCGUUUUAUGAUUUUGCCUGAUAUGUUAAAAAAUGCACCAAUGUUUAAGAACAUUGGUCGUGCACAAAAGGGUGCUGUUGGUAUGGGAAUGGGUGACAAUCGUGAUGGACGUGGUCUUCGAGGACGUGGAACGGCAUUUCGAGGGCGCGCUGCCUCGCGUGGUAAUCAACGUCCUGGUGGAGUACCUCGGCCUCAGUUUCGAGGGUGA